AUGGCAUCAAGAACAACGCUGCUAUUCGUUCUGGUCCUACUCCUGCCUGUUUCAUGCUCAUUCGCGCAAACGCGGAAUGGCCGGGCCAUCAACUGGGCGGCAGUCUUCAAUACCACGCGAUUAACGGCAGGGAUUCUUAGAGUACCCUACAAGGAGCUCCACGCGAGCAUGACCGGCAGCGAUAUCGUCGCCACCACGGGCGAUCAGCAAGCCACCGGUUGGGCCAACCUCGUCGUGUAUAAGUGGCGUGGCGACUUCAGCCUUAACUACAUGGUGACCGUGUCGCAGCUUACCAACACCGAGGUGCCCGUGUCCGCCGCCAUCCACGUGGCUCGGGCCCGCGCCAACGGCCCCGAGAUCUUCCGCUUCGAGAAGGCUAACUGGCGCCGCUUCAACCCCAACGCGAAGCGCCUUGUAACGCGGACGACGCAGGGGAACAACUACAUGCUUAGCGGAACGUACAGCGCGACGAGCGAGGACAAGAUUGUAUCGGGCGAGACUGUAAAGCAGCUGAUUCUCGCGAUUCUCAGGGACCCAAAGCAGUUCUACAUCGUCGUGAAAACGCCCGCUUAUCCACUUGGCGCUGCAACGCUAUUAACAACGCUUAUUCUGCCUUUCCUCGUCGCAUCAAAGUCGGGAAUUCCGGGCUUCCCUGGUAGCGGCGGCGGCGGCGGCGACGGCGGCGGCGGCGGCGGCGGAGGUGGAGGUGGAGGCGGAGGUGGAGGCGGAGGCGGGCAGCAGGAUGUGAAUAUAACGGAGCUGCAGCAGAAACUGAUCGCUGUUCCUUUCAGAGAGGUGCACGGCACACUGUCUGGUGCGAAUGUGGUCGGCAGCGUGGGCGACCGCGGGGCCUCCGGCAAAGUGACGUUUGUAAUAAUCAAAUCGGGAGCAGAUCUCAACAUCCGCUACCAAGUCACGGUCAGCCAGCUCAGCACGCCAGAGAAGCCCACGUCAGCAUCCCUCCACGUGGCAGCCUCCACAAAAAACGGUCUAUCCAUCCUCGACCUCAACUCGUCCACGUGGAUCCCUGCUGGCACUGCUGACAAGGCGUGGGGCAACGUGGGAAACCUUUUUGGACGGGGGAAGGGAAAGGGAAAGAGGAAGGGGAAGGGGAAGGGGAAGGGGACGGGGACUGGCGCAGGAAAUGGAUUUGCACUGCAGGGCGUGUUCAAGCAGGCGAGCAAGAAGAGGAUUCCGACAGGAGAAUCGCUGAAAUUACUGUUUUCGAUGAUCAUGCGGAUGCCCUCCUCCUUCUACGUGCUCGUCACCACGCCCGCCUUCCCCAAGGGUGCUCUCAGAGCCCAGCUUGAGGCGUCCCUAUUCACUAAGCUCGCAGGCUGCAGCAGGGGGUUUGGGUGCUAG